AUGCAAGAGGAAAAGAUUCAAGCGGCAGCAAGAAUUCAUUUCGAAGUAAACCGCCAGUGUCCAUCCUGCUCUACUCAAUUCCGUUACGCUAGCAUAUUCGGGACACACAAGUGCAAUGCCUCUGUAGAGGGCCGCAAAGAGAUAAAGCAGGCAUAUGAUGAGAUGUUGAAAGAAGUCAAGAGACGGCUGGGAUUUUCUCGAGCUGAGAAGGAAUGUGACGUCGAGGUACCGGGGCUCCUCCUGUCUGACCCAGGAAGUGAAAGAGUCAAUCACAAUCAGAACUCAAUUCCUAUUUCUAUGGGUCAGGGAGUAGCCUCAUCUCAGUUGGCUUUGGAACCUGCAUCUGCUACCCACUUUGAAGAGUUUACUGAUCAUGGACUCCCCCAGCCGGGCAAUGCACAACUCUACGACCUCUUCGGUGACGUCCUGCAUUCGAGUCACGACGACCAGCUCUCGGGGUAUCAGUCUUUGUGGGACGAGCUCGACCCUACCACCUCUUUACUAUUAGCUAACAUGGACCCGGUUGUGCCAGGAUUAGGACCCUAG